UUGAGAUUCACAUUAAAUUAUAUGUUUAAUCUAUUGUUCUAUGACGGAGUGUUUGAAAGUGGAAGUUGAAAAGUGAUGACAGAUUUGCUGCAAACAGAAAAGUUCAAGUGCAGUGUUAGUUCCGUGCUUAAUAAAAAUGUGAAGCAAAAUGGGAAGCAAUAUAUGUAUGACACUGAAGAAGACACAGCGUGGAGUUCUAAUGAGGGAACACCACAAUGGAUAAAUAUUCAAUUUGAAGAACUUCAGGCGAUGCAUGAGUUUGAAUUUCAAUUUCAAGGCGGAUUCGCUGGUAAACAUGGCAUUAUGACCGCAGAAUCUGCAGAUGGAAAUAAAUUAUGUGAAGAAACAUUUUAUCCUGACGAUGUGAACUCUGUACAAAAGUUUAAAUUAAAAAAUCCUAUUCUAAAUAAGGAAGUAUUGAAAAUUAAAUUUUUAUUUGCCUCAAGUACUGAUUUUUUCGGAAGAAUAAUUGUUUACAAAUUAAAGGUGUUUUAAAUAA